AUGGUAGUCAGGAACGUAGUAUACGAGUCUGCAUGUUUUAACAGACGGGAGCAGGGGCCCACUGAAACAGUGGACCAAUACAUAACCGUGCUCUACAACAUGGCGGACCGAUGCGACUACGGAAGCCUCCGUGACCGCCUGAUUCGUGACCGCUUCGUUCUUGUGCUGCGAGACAAGUCACUCUCGGAAACUCUUCAGUUAGACGCUGCGCUCACUCUGACUUCCGCGCUUUUCAAGGCUCGACAGAAAGAGUCUGUUCACAAGCAGCAGCAGUUGUUGAGAGAGACUGAAGUGCAACCGCCUGUCAAGACUGAAGACGCCGACUUCGACGCAGUGGCGAAAGGCUCGUUGUCUAAGCCUCGCAGCGCGCUAUCUUCUUCGAAUGCGAAGCGAACCUCAAAAGCAAAACAACCAAGCUCCACGUGCGGUUAUUGCGGAGGAUUGCGUCACGCUCGUUCUGAGUGCCCUGCGCGAGCCGAAAAGUGCGCACGAUGCAAGACCAAGGGUCAUUACGCACGUGUCUGCAAAAAGAUGCCUGGAGGAACCAAAGGCAUUUCCUCAGUGGAACAGAAUUCAACACCGACGGUUUUUCUGGGCGCCGUCGGGGAGUUCGGUAAACGUCCAGACGCCAAGUUCACGACGAUAACCCUACGUCAACAAAACGCCGAGCCUCUCAUGCCAACGGUGACGCCAUCUCUGCCAUGGCAAAAGGUUGGGCUGGACUGGUUUCAGCUGCGAGGCAAGGAGUAUUUGCUCCGCGUUGACCAAUUGACUAAUUGUAUUUGUCCAGGAGUCUUUUCUUGGCUUCUUCCGGAAGAUUUCUGA